UGAAGAUUAAUUUUUCCUUGUGUCUAACUAGAAAAAAGAUGGCUUUCAGGGCAACUGUAAGUGCUUCACCUUCAUUCAUUAAUAAAUCAAUGCUGACCCGUCUGGGAGGAAACCGGUGGUUUGCAUCCUCAACCACUCCCAAAAUGAAACUGUUUACACCAACCGUUGAUGCUACUCAUGCUGAUAAACUUAGUUCCAGGAUGGCUAUGAGGGCGGAGUUUGCUCCAAUCUAUAUGGUGAUGGGAAUGGUGGUUGUAGCAAUGAGUAUAGCGACACACACGGCCAAGCAGCAGCUCAUGCAUUCCCCGGCGGUUCACGUGAGCAAGAAGAGGAGAGAAUCCCUACCGGAAGUGGAGGAUCCAGACGGUGUGCUUAGUUCCGCCGAUAAGUUUGUGAACAAGUCUUUCUUGAGGAAGGUGGCUCACAUCCAGGACAGCAAGCCUACUCUCCCUGAUCCUGUCCGCCCCAACCCCUUUACUAGUCACAGGCCUCGAAAUGCAGAUACCCUUAAAUCGGCUGGAGUGGAUCCUGCUCGCCACUGACUUCAAGCGCCAAAUUAAUAUAUUGUCUUUCUCUCAUCUAUAUAAACUAUGGUGUCAAAUUUGUACAUACAAUUAAUUUUUGUUUUUCUUUGUUCAUAACUUUAUUAUGAAUACCAUACGUGCCCUCCCUAACUGAAGACAGUUGCAUGUGAGAGGAAAGAGGCCCUUCAUUUCUUGUUUUUCCUUUGUUUGUUCAAAUAAAACCAAGACACCGUUGC